AAAGAGAAGCAGCAGUAUUAGUGGAAGAAUUAUGGAAGGUAUCACAACAGAGACAAUGAAAAAUGUCCAAAUUACCAAUCAUGGAUCUGGCUGUUUUGAACAUUGUAAACCUGCGGAACAAAACAGCACACCAACAUCUGCUGCGGUCAGUCGCCUCCUGAGAUUUGGAGCCGUGGCUCUCGUUGUGUGCACAGUGUUGAUGUUGAGUGCAUCCACGGCUGCUCUCUACCUGUGGAAAGUCAGCGAUAAAAAUGUUUAUAAUGUUCGUUACAGUAUGAACAUCAAUGGGGAGGUGAGACAGGGCUCCGUGGAAAUUGAUUCAGACAACAACGUGGAGAGAUUUAAAACUGGGAGUGGAGCUGAGGAAGCUGUGGAGAUUCAUGACUUUCAAAUAGGAAUAACUGGAAUCCGCUUCUUUGGAGGAGACAAGUGCUACAUAAAAUCCCAAAUCAAAGCCAACCUUCCGCACAUGGGGGCUCACAACAAAGAGUCGCUGAUGUUUGACCUGACAGAUGAAGCUAUUCCAGUGAGUUUUGAAGAGAAACUCCCCAUAUGGGUUUCUGCCGAGCAGCCGCUGAAGGACACCAGCUUUCUGAGCAACAAAAUUCGGGGUCUUUGCGGGGAACUUCCAAUUUACUGGCUACAACCUGUCUAUCCUAAAGAUGGGGUGAGGAGAAAGAGAGACACACAGCGAGCCAAACGGCAGUUUAACAUAGAGGAGUUUGAGGCAGCUGCUGAGGAGAGGAACCCGGUGAGUCAUGCAGAAGAUGACACCUCCAGAGUCGGGGAAGAAGAGGAGGAGGGGGCACAGUCUGCUGCGGGGUCAGCAUACAAUCCCGAAAACCCCUAUCAUCGCAGCGGAGGGGCCAGAGAGGAAGGUGCCAUGACCUUUGACACCAUGUUAGACCACCAGGGGAUCUGCUGCUCAGAAUGCAAACGCAGCUACACUCACUGUCAGAGAAUAUGUGAGCCUCUGCGUGGCUACUGGCCAUGGCCUUACAACUACAGAGGAUGCCGGGUGGCUUGCCGAGUCAUCAUGCCUUGUCGCUGGUGGGUGGCCCGUAUUUUAGGUGUUGCGUAGGAAAACAACCAGGGUCUCUAAACAUUCAGCUUCUACACAGUCAUGCAUUCAUGUAGGUAUUUUCUGAGUUUGACUGUUAAUACGGUUUAGAAAGCUAUGCAUGUUAGCAUGAAAUGAAGAUCGUGAUGUGUGAUUAUCUGCACUAUGAUGCCUACACUGAUCAUUUUCCUCCAUACAAAAUAUUUUACACAAAACAGGUGCUUUCUCUUUGGCUACUUGUUUUCAUAUAGCAAAACUGGAACACAUGAAUGCCACAUUCCUGUUUACAGCAACAGACUUUCAAAUGAGCACAUUCAUUUUUGCAUCAUGUAAUACUGAAGAUUUAUGUGCUGUACUAUGUGUAAUGGAAGGUAUGGGACUGAGUCCAAAGGCUCAGCAGAUCAUGUACCUUUCCUGACAGAGUAGGCUUUAAUAAAUUCUA